AGCCUCAUGCUCUCCCAUGGAGAAAUCCUCCGCACAUUCGAGAUCUCCGUUGGAGAAUUACUGGAUCGCAGUGAAAAGUCGCAUCUAUCAUAGCCAUCAUCUUUAAGCCCAAGCAGGAUGAAAUCGUAUCCUCGUGCACUACGAUAUUCAUGACAGUGGAGCAACGAUGUUCUGAUAAGAAUGCCGCCGCGGUUCUUUGUCCUCAUACUACCCUUACAUCCGACGGUAUAGAUGCGUUAGUACUAGAGACGGACGCCGGACAUCGUCUUCUCGCACGAUACCGCAGGACGCAGGACAAUGGGGAUCUCGACCAAUCCAUAAAGCACUUUGAAUGCGCCUUGGGUCUCUGCCCCAUGGAGCAUCCCUCCCGCCCUGCAGUACUGUUCAAUCUAGCCACCGCGAAGUUUGUUAGUCACCAAGCUAAUGGAACAUACCUCGACCUCGACAUCCCUAUCACUCUUUUUGAAGACGCCCUCAAGUUCCGUCCCGCGGGUCAUGCGGACAGACCCAUCACCCAGCUCCAUCUUGCCAAUGCUCUGUUGUCUUAUUUCGCGAAACGGGGAUUAAAAACGGACGCUGAUGCGGCUGAAGAGUUACUGAGGGAGGUCCUCCGUGUUUGCCAUUCCAAUAGCCACGUCUACAGAGCAGCUCUACUUGCAAUCGAAACAUCCGCUCAGCUGCAUCUAGCUAGAAACAGUGGUGCAAAUGACGUUGGGCAGGAGCGGCCUGUUGUGCCCACGUUUCCGUUAUCGCUGGAUCAACUUCCUGCUCUAGUACAGUGGUGUUUGGUGGAAGAUGAUCCCCGUACUUUAAAUGGAGUGAUAUUCCUUCAUUACCAUGCACUGCGAUACUACAAUCUAAUGCAUGCCUCCCGAGCGCAGUUAAUAUGUAAUCUGGGUGUAAUGUUGCGCACUCGCUUCCAACGUCAAGGCAAUAUCCAAGACCUCAACGAGGCCGUCAAAUUUCUCACUCAAGCGCUGGCAUUGUGCCCACGCGGUCACCCGGAUCGGUCUAAGCCAUUGCACGGCCUUGGAAUUGUACUCUCCGCCCGCUUCGAGCACCGAGGCAAUGUCCAAGACUUAGACGACACCAUCACGCUUCGCAGGGAGGUGCUGGCUUUGUGCCCGGUCGGUCACACAGAUCGGUCUGUGUCAUUAAGCAAUCUUGCAGACACACUCUCUAUCCUCUUCAAACACCGAGGCAAUGCCCAAGACUCAGAUGAAGCCAUCACGCUUCACAGGGAAGCGUUGGCUUUACGCCCGGUCGGUCACCUAGAUCGGGCUAAGUCAUUACAUGACCUUGCGAUGGGACUCUACGUCCGCUUCGAGCACCGAGGCAAUGGCCAAGACUUGGAUGAGGCUAUCACGCUUUACAGGGAAUCGCUGGCUUUAUGCCCGGUCGGUCACCCAGAUCGGUCUAAGCCAUUGCAUGGCCUUGCAUCUACGCUCUCCGCCCGCUUUAAGCACCGAGGCAAUAGCCAAGACUUAGAUCAAACCAUCACGCUACGCAGGGAAGUGCUGGCUUUGUGCCCGGUCGGUCACACAGAUCGGUCCGUGUCAUUAAGUAGUCUUGCAGAUACACUCUCUAUCCUCUUCAAACACCGAGGCAAUGUUCAAGACUUGGAUGAAGCCAUCACGCUUCACAUGGAAGCGUUGGCUUUACGCCCAGUCGGUCACCCAGAUCGGUCGGUGCCAUUAAGCGGCAUUGCAAAUGGACUUUCCACCCGCUUCGAGCACCGAGGCAAUGUCCAAGAUUUGAAUGAGGCUAUCCCACUUCACAGGGAAGCGCUGGCUUUGCACCCGGUCGGUCACCCAGAUCGGUCCAUCUCAUUAAAUAACCUUGCGAGGGGACUCUGUAGCUGCUUCGAUCGCCGAGGCAAUGACCAAGACUUGGAUGAGGCUAUCACGCUUUUCAGGGAAGCGCUGGCCUUAUGUCCGGUCGGUCAGCUACGUCGGUCCAUCCCAUUAGACAACCUUGCAUCUACACUCUCCACCCGCUUUGACCACCGAGGCAAUGGCCAAGACUUGGAUGACGCUAUCACGCUUAACAUGGAAGCGCUAGCUUUGCGACCAGUUGGUAACCCACUUCGGGUAGGGUCAUUAAGUAACUGUGCGAAUAGACUCUCCACCCGCUUUCACCUCCGAGGCAAUUACAAAGACUUGGAUGACGCUAUCAUGCUUCACAGGGAAGUGCUGGCUUUUUGCCCAGUCGGUCACCCAGAUCGGCCCAUAUCAUUACAUCGCCUUGCAGAUCAACUCUCCACCCGUUGUGACCACCGAGACAAUGGCCAAGACUUGGAUGAGGCUAUCGUACUUUACAGGGAAAUGCUGGCUCUGCUCCCGGUCCCCGACCCACGUCGUUCCACGUCAUUAAAUAACCUUGCAAAUCAACUCUCCGCCCGUGUUCAUCACCGAGACAAUGACGAAGACUUAGACGAGGCUAUCGCGCUUCAAAUGGAAUCGUUGGCUUUACGCCCGGUGGGUCAUAUAGAUCGGUCCACAUCAUUAGACAACCUUGGAAGUAAACUCGCUUUUCGCUUCCGACGCCGAGGCAAUGAUAAAGACUUGGAUGACGCUAUCACGCUUCACAGAGAAGCCCUGGCUUUACGCCCAGUCGGUCACCCACAUCGGUCCAUAUCAUUUCAUAACCUUGGAUUGACACUCGGCCACUCCUUCAAGCACCGACGCAAUCAAGAAGACCUCGACGAGUCAUUAGAGUCUCUCCAGAGUGCAUUGACUCUGUUGAGGCAACAUGAUCCUUUUAAAGUGAUAGUCCAUGACUCGCUAGCUCAGGUCUUUCUGUUGUUCCAUCAAUCAGGACUUGACGGCACUGGCGAACAUCUGAAUGCUGCCAUGCAUUAUUUCAAAGCAGCAGCAAAUAUUGUCUCUGGAGGUUUGCCAAGUCGCCUACGAGCAAGUAUACGCUGGGUUUGCCAUGCUCAUGAUUACACACAUGGCACUGAACUAGAGGCUUAUGCAACUUACAUGCAACUUCUGGACACUCAUAUGUCCGUGACAGCUUCAGUCUCAUCUCGUCAUAAUGUCAUGAAGGACUUCCCAAGUACGCUUGUCGUGGAUGCUGUAUCAUGUGCUCUUCGUAGUGGUGACGUGUGUCGCGCUGUCGAGUUGUUGGAACAAGGCAGGACUGUCAUUUGGACCCAGAUGACGCGACUCCGCACGCCUCUUGACAGCCUCCAGGAACGCGGCGAUCAUGCAGUGGUCCUGAUGAAGAAAUUUAGAGACCUCAGCUCCCUCCUUGAAACACCUCCUGCGAACCAUACAGAACUUGAAGGAACCCCAAGAGUCAAUGUAGAAGCAGAAGCAAGUCGGUAUACACGUCUAUUGGAGGACUGGAAUAGAGUUGUAGAAGAGAUCCGGAAGAUCGAAGGCUUCUCUCGCUUCCUACUUCCCCCAUUGUUCUCCGAUCUGCAAGAUGCAGCUCGUGAUGGGCCUAUUAUCGUGCUCGUUGCAAGCGAGUCGUCUUGCGACGCCAUCAUUAUCCCUCACAAGCAGCCUCCGACUAGCAUUCAACUCCCUACUAAUUUGGAGAAACUCCCGAAAUUGGUGUCCACUUUCCAACAGGCAGUACAAAGAGACGCCGGUCCUAAGAGGACCCAACCAGAGUUGAUCAAAGCUUUGAGGGAGUUAUGGAACGACGUCGUUCGCCCGGUGGUCGAAAAUCUGGGCAGAUUUGCACGACCAGGUUCCCGAAUAUGGUGGUGCCCGACGUCUCUCUUCAAUUUCUUGCCGCUGCACGCUGCUGGCGAGUAUAGGGGACAUGGGCAGUCCCUUUCACAGCUGUAUAUCUCUUCGUACACGCCAUCGCUUACCGCGCUGAUCAGGGCUCGCAGAAGUCAUGACAAAUCCUUGUCAGUGUCUUUUGCUGCCAUUGGUCAGAAUCACCCAGCCGGUCAUUCAUUCACUUUGGAUUGUGUGGAGCCUGAGCUGGAAUUGGUGCGGAGUCUUUUACCCCCUCCCCCUACUGCUUCCUUCACCAAGAUAACGAGCAUUGAUGCGACCAAAUCGAGAGCUCUGCGCGUAUUGCAAGAUAACACUUGGCUCCAUUUUGCGUGUCACGGGACACAGAACUAUACAGAACCCUUCAAAUCGGCCUUUCUCAUGCGCGACCAACCGCUUUCACUCCUCGAUAUCACAGAAACGGAUCUGUCUUUGCAUGAGUUUGCAUUUCUUUCUGCCUGCGAAACUGCAGUCGGUGAUUCUAAGACGCCUGACGAAGUGGUACACCUGGCAGCUGGCUUACAAUUUGCUGGGGUAAAGAGUGUCGUUGGGACAUUAUGGAAUGUCAACGAUGCUACUGUACAGCGCUUAGUCGAGGCGUUCUACAAAAACUUUUGUGGGGAUGGCAAAAUGAAUUCCAAACGAGCUGCCCGAGCGCUGCACCGAGCGGUCCAGUCAUUGGCUUGUGACAAGGACAUCCCCUUGGACCAGCGCAUAGUGUUCAUGCAUAUUGGCAUAUGAUAAAUUCCAUCUAGCCGUGGUUGCACGCAGCUUGUUGCCAAAUAAAAUAAAACAAAAUACAUUUUUUUCAGACUUUGGGACUGUAUUUCUCCCGAAUUUGUACACCUAAUCUCAAUUUCUAUUUAGUCUGUUGCCUAGAAGCCAAAGGCUGAGUGGAUGCGUGCUACUUUGGAUGAAGAGCGCA